AUGGUGAAUCGGGCUGGCUCACCAACCCUCUGUGUGAUAUGUUUCUUGUUAGUAUACGUGCCCCUGGUAAUCGUGGCUUUCUGGUCAAUUGUCUUUGAUUACACCCUCUUCACUUCCUUUCGCGAUUCCUCCUCCAAAAUCGCCUCCCCUACACCUGCUUCCUUAUCUGCCUUCAAUCUGCGUCGUCUUGAUAUCAGUGGCGGCGGUGGUGGUGUCAACAGCGUUAGCAAACGUCUUCGCCGUCUCCAACGCUUCGGCGGUAGGGGCAGCAGCAAGCAACAGCCGGGUCUGCUUCUUCCUCCUGACUCUUGCGAACUUUCCAAGAGGCGUAUUGGUGUUAAUGAAGCAAUGGAGAGAUCAAUGUCCCCUGCUAGUCCUGAAGUUUCUACAAAGAAGCACCCGAGCAUCUCUCCAGAAAUGGAGGAGAAAGGAAGCAAAAAAAUAAGCGAAAACGGUUUCGAUUUAGAUAAUCGCUUACUACCCUUGGUCUAUCGACUCAUUUAUAUUAAUACCAAUAACUGUACAAUCACUGAUGAUCUUCAAUCUAUUGAGGGUCAACGUGGCACUUUUAAUUCAAUGGGUUCUCAAAUCACAUGCCUUCAUAUUAUAGCGUUCGCUGUGGCCAUUGUAUUUGUUCUUAUCAGUCUUACGGUUUCUGAAAUUGAUGGCGAACCAUUAUCGGGAUUAUGUCUAGUUGGAAUUCGUACGCUCUGGGUCUACUGCUCAAUGGUUAUCACCCCCAUUGUUCUUUGUGCCGUCCUUAAGGUCUUUUAUCUCUCUCGAGCUAUGAAAUCUAUGCGUCGACUGAGUAAUUACCUUGUGACAGCGUCCUAUUUCCCAGUUGAUCGGGAGAUGGCCCAUAGAAUAUCCAUGUGCUUUCGUGCUUACGUGAUAUAUAUCCUAGUUUUGUUGGCGAUUGUAACAUUCUCUGUUGGGGUUCACGCUUAUGCCUAUUUGGAGGAACCUAAAUGGCUCGAAACGCAGCGCCUACUUCUCUUUUGCCAACUACGUCAUCACUUAAUGGGUUUGGACAGUACAACCGCUUCAGCUGCUUGCAAAACACCAUUUGCAUCUGAAAUUACUUUAUUCUACGACUCUGCACAAUCUUUUAACUCAACAGCAGCACCUACACGUGUACGUCGGGAUGUUCAGCCAUCAGCGGAAGAGGUAUCUGAGGUGGUUAAUGGUUCUCGUCCUCUGACUGGUCCCUUACUCCUUAACCUCUUCAGUUUUCUCAUGCUGAACCUAGUAUUUGCAUCAAUGUGUCUUCUUGAUUCAACUGUGAAGCAGAAGUGGUGCGAUCUCCUUAUAAGAAUUAUUUCAAUUUUUACUUCAUGUCCCUCAAAAUUGACUCGAACUAAACCCAUGCAGCCAACAACUCCAAUAACCUCACAUGCUGUUAACGGUACCAAUCCUUUACUUUCCACUUUUCAUUUGCCCGGUACCUUUUCCUGGUGGGAUCCAGGAAUGUUCUUCCACGAUUUCUUUGUGGUCAUAUCACCUACUAACCUCGCUCAUGGAGAUGUUAGAGGCAAUCAUGCUGGGAACUCUUUCCUUCCUGCAAAUUCAAAUCGGCCCAUCACUACCUCUGACGUGUCGUGUGGUUGCAACCGUCGAUACUCAUCUUCCACAAACGAAGAGAGUAAGUGCCAUAACAUAUGCCCACUCUCAGUUUUAUAA